CGGCGCUCGGGCCAAUCGGCGGCAGCGGCCACUUGCGCUUUUGCCAACGAAACACAACGAUGGCCGGUCGUCUCCGCAUGAUGUUCCUCGGGCCGCCCGGCGUCGGCAAGGGCACGUACGCCACGCGCAUCGCGCCCAAGCUCAGCAUCCCGACCAUCUCGACCGGCGAUCUUGUCCGCGCCGAGAUCAAGCGCGACUCGGCGCUUGGCAAGCAGAUCAAGGACUACAGCAGCCAGGGCAAGCUCGUGCCCGACGAAAUCAUCUUGACGAUGGUGCGUCAGCGUCUUCAGGAGAAGGACGCGCAGAAGGGCUACAUCCUCGAUGGGUUUCCUCGCAACGUGAGCCAAGCGAUUGAAUUCGAUAAGAUCGCAACGCUCGACUCGGUUGUCAACUUUGAGCUGCCCGAGUGGGUCCUCAUUGAGAAGCUCAGCGGCCGCCGCGUCUGCGACUCGUGCGGGACGGGCUACAACGUGGCCGACAUCAACAGCGGUGAGUACGUCAUGCCGCCGUUGCUGCCCAAGGCUGAGUGCACGUGCGACAAGUGCGGGAGCAACAAGAUUGUCCAGCGCGCCGACGACACGCUCGAUGUUGUCAAGCACCGGCUGCAGGUCUACACAGACGAGACCGAGCCGCUCAUCCAGUACUACACCGACAAGGGCAUCCUCAAGAGCUUCCACGUCAAGAAGGGUCUUGCGGAUCUGCCUCGCAUCAACGCGAUGCUCGGAAUUCCGGAAGAUAGCAAGUUGUGAAUGUUGUCCACGGAUCUCUAUUCAACCGUAGACGUCGAUCACUAGUUCUACGACCAAAUAUUACAUGAUUUUGGCGUGUCAUUCUUCUAUAAAAAGUGCAAAAGUUAGUGGUGAGACCACGC